CCGUUUAAUUAACACCUUUUAAGAGAACCCAGUCGUUUUCUUAAAUCACCUAUUUUCUGUCCGUUGACGAAUUAAAAAAUAAAAUUUCUCCGUUAGAUCCACACAGAUCUGACUACCAAAUAUUAAUCCAACGGGUUUGUUUUCGAUAAAUUUCUUCUAUUUCCAUGGCUGCUCCACCUGCAAGAGCUCGAGCCGAUUAUGACUACCUCAUAAAGCUCCUUUUAAUCGGUGACAGCGGUGUGGGUAAGAGUUGCCUCCUUUUGCGUUUUUCGGAUGGCUCAUUUACUACAAGUUUUAUCACGACAAUUGGAAUUGACUUUAAGAUAAGGACUAUAGAGCUUGAUGGAAAAAGGAUCAAAUUGCAAAUCUGGGAUACUGCUGGGCAAGAGCGGUUUCGAACAAUUACAACUGCCUACUAUCGUGGAGCCAUGGGUAUUUUACUGAUGUAUGAUGUGACUGAUGAGUCAUCUUUCAAUAACAUUAGAAAUUGGAUUCGUAAUAUUGAACAACAUGCUUCGGAUAAUGUCAACAAGAUUCUGGUGGGUAAUAAGGCUGACAUGGAUGAAAGCAAAAGGGCCGUCCCUACCUCAAAGGGCCAAGCUCUUGCUGAUGAAUACAGCAUCAAGUUCUUUGAGACUAUUGCAAAAACAAACUUAAACGUCGAGGAGGUUUUCUUUUCGAUAUCACGAGAUAUUAAGCAAAGACUUGCCGAUUCUGACUCGAAGGCGGAGCCGCAGACUAUUAAGAUCAACCAACCAGACCGGGCUGGAGGGGAUGCGUCAAAUGCUCAAAAAUCGGGAUGCUGCGGGCAAUGAACGAACUAAA